AUGACCGAAGUACGGUCCAAACGUCGUGUUUUACCGUUGAUUUUCAUCGUUAAAAGUUUUAAGAAACCUUUACUUAUAAGACUAAUAAGAAUCGCUUGUGAUAACGUGUUGGAAGAAAUAAAAUCCAUGAGAAGAACGAUCAACUACCUAAUCUUAAACAUGGCCAUGUCCGACCUCAUUCUCCCAGUGUUUGCCUUUCCGCGUAUUCUUACAGAGAGUUACGUCGGUUACUGGCUCAUAGCUGGCGACUUUGGCUUGGCGUUGUGUAAACUGGACUACUUUAUGCAAGACGUCUCCAUUGCUGUUUCUAUCCAGAGCCUUGUCUUGAUAGCAGUGGAUCGAUUUGGAGCUGUGGUUUUUCCUCUUCGACCCCCGAUUGUCAGCGCCAGACUUUGCCCAUUCUUCAUUCUAGCGACGUGGAUCGUGGCCAUGGCCAUUCUCUCCCCGGAAUUUUUCGUCCGCAAACUUGAGGGAUCCGGAGAAAACCUUGCAUGUCAGCUGAUGUGGAAGGAAACCUUUGGAGAGUCUUCUUCAUUGGAAAGCUACUAUGUAGCACUGUUCCUUGUUUUCGCUCUUAUCCCUUUCGCGUUGAUAACAAUACUUUAUUCUAUCAUCAUUGUAAAGCUGAGGGCUCAAAAGAUACCAGGUGGCGAAUCGGUGAGCUCUAAGGAACGGGAAAAACGAAUGAAGAGAGACAGGAGCGUGAUUAAGAUGGUUCUGGCUAUUGUUUUGGGAUUUGCAUUAUGCUGGGCACCCUUGAAUAUCUUGGCGUUUUUGCAGUACUUUGUAUGGGAGGAAAACCCUAAACUAAGCUGUGGGUUUCUGCACUUUAGAUUUUUUGCCAAAUUUAUGGCUUAUGCAAAUUGCGCCAUAAACCCCUGUAUCUGUUUUAUAUUCAGCGGCAAUUACCGUGAAGGCCUCAAGAGUUUGUUUGGUUGUUGCUCGCGCAAAUGCAAUUGUUAAUUCGUGGUAGCCUUUCGCCCUUUGCGUGAGUAAUCAUUAAAGGUGUAGAGCAUGCCUUCAGAUGAGCCAAGAGAUGUUACACUAGCUUCUCUUGCAUAAAACAUUAGUAAUAACAUUAAGAAUUUUCAUUAGGUAUCUGGAAAGUGUAAAUCCUUGGCCCUUUGUUAUAAGAAAAAAACUAAAGCUUUUCUCAACUUUGAAACUGCGCUUUUAGCAGUACCUUCUGUAAAUAUUUGUCGUAAAUUCUUUAAGAACCGACAGCAACAUUGCCAGAUAAUUCUCUAACCGUGGGCUCCCUAUCCACAUGUACCCCUUUAAUUGACAGCUGCCAUUUUGUGGUUUCCAAUAGACUGCAGACGAUGUUUGUUUUGCUUUUUUAAUGAAAAAUACGUCGCAGCACAAGUCGCACGCAUCAUUUCUUUUAAACUUGCAAAAUGUAAGACGCCAAAGCUAAAAUAUUUCGUGUGUGUGUGUAUACAAAAAAAUAGGAGUAGACAAUAAAGAGAGUUUCAGGUGGCUGCCCUGAAAUGGGUUCAAGAGAACAUCGCGAGUUUUGGCGGGAUUUCCAGCCAA